AUGAGUUUUGCCAUGCUGGGAAUUACAGCGAAACUCGCGAUUCAAGAGGCUGCCAAAUAUUAUAUUCUUAAGAAAAAAAUCCGAGGGAUCCGUACGAUGUGUCUGCUAGUGGGACUGCCGACUGUCUUAAUUGAUACCCAGUCACGCAUCGUGUUAUUAGGCACCCAAACAAACUCGUUUCUUGUAGCGGGGACGUGUGCGAUGGCUGUCGCUGAGUUGUGUCUUCGUGCUGGGAAAGCUGCGUAUGUUGCGCGCUCUAUUCGACGUCGAGCUACUGCUGUUGAAGCGGAAAUACUGGAGCUAUCAGCUAGUAGUAAGCAAUCAGAAACUCGCUCUGUGUCGUCCUUGAAACUCGAGUUCGACCUGUGGAAACGACAGAUUAUUUCGUACCAUACGGCGGAAUUGACUGCUGAUAUGUAUGCCGAGUAUAUCGCGAUCGGUUGCUCCCAAUCGAUCAUUUUCUGGUGGUCUGGCCACCCUUUCUACCCGGCUUUGCAGCUAGAAACAGGCGGUGGGAUGAGUCCGGGAGAUGUCGCCAAGUGGAGGUUUAAUCAAGUAUCUAUGCUUGGAUUCCAGUUCGUGGUGGAAAUCUUCGUCGACUACGUGUGCGUCGUGGUGGAGAUGGCGGCAGGGAUCGAUUUUGCGCGGAUCAAGAGUCGCAGCACCUUUUUAGGAGUCAUUUUCAUGAUGAUGGCCGUGCUCAACAUCAAUAUUUCUAGUGUCGUGUACUUAUCUGCUCCACGAACAAACGUGGGAAACAAUUAA